AGGUAUGGCCAAAAUGGAGUAAUUUUGUUCUGGUUGGAAAAUAGCCACGUUUCUUCAGAUAGGGGUUUAGUUUUUCAGGGCUGACUGGUCAGCAGGAUUUUCCCUAUUCAGCCUUGAAUGUUGAUCUUCUUUUACAUGUUCAAAAAACACAUCAGCAUACAGAGUGGUAAUUUAUGUAAUACUUACAAAAUAAGAAUUAUCAGGAACCUGUGCAAGACAGGGAAAGCCCAUUAGCUCACUCAGAACAGAUGAGAAAAAGAAACAAAGGUUGUUCUGAUGGAAACCAUAGGGUAAAAGUUGAAAUUAGAGGGUGUAUGGAGGAUGUUGUCCUACAGAACAUUUGAAGGUGAGAGCAAGAAGUAUCAGUGUCAUUCAGGAGGCAAUAGGGCUUCCUUUGAAGUUGGGAAAAUUUGCCAGACUUUGUACAAGGUCUGUUUAAAUAAAGACUGUCUGCAAGACUGGAUGUAAUAUUUGGUUAUUAAAUAAGAGGGCAUCUGCUCUCAUAAAAGCCACCCUGUUUUGUUCGUGUAUGUUAUUGGCUAUUUUCCUACUUUGUACAGGCUUUCUAUAGAAUAAGCUCGUGGCAGCCUGACAAAUGGAGCAUUUAUUGUGGCUAAAAGUACUGUAAACAAAACCAAAAUAGCAAGUUUUAUUGGCUUUUAUAAUACAUUACAAUUUUUUAAAUUGGCAGUGGUAGGGUGGAAUUCAGUAUUUUAGGACCCAAAUGUUGUUAUCGGAAAACAGUGGACUUCAUUUUCCAGUUCUUUUUUUCUAUUACAUACAGUGCUGUUUUUCUUAUUUGUUGCUCACUCCCAUGUGUUGUAGAAACAGAUUCUAAUAAGAACCAUUUACGGACUCGGUUGCUCAUUCACGUGCAGCUCCACACAAAUGCAUUGCCUGCAUUUGCUCUCAUCUGUUUUAAAAAAGUAAUUAUUUGCCUUUGAAUUUGAAGAAAAUCGUGAUUUGAGUCUGCUUCUCAUAUUGUCUUGUUAUGAGCUGAAGCAUAUGGAACCUUCAUUAUAACUAAAACAAGAUAAACUCUCCAAGGUAACAAAGAAACCUCCUUGAAAUGCCUAAGAAAAUUAAAUAUCUGUCUUUUAUACAAAGAUUUGAUCCAGCACUCAUUAUUCAAAUAGAAAUUCCACUGAAGUCCAGAGGAAUUUUGCUGGAGUGAAGAGUUUAUGAUUAAAUUCUCUUGGAAUCAGUAGUAGUGUUGAACCUGGUCCCAGCAGGUAAGAGGUCCAGUCCCUUAUGCCAUUCUGUUAUCUUCUAGGUAAGGAGAGUUUCUUUGUUUCCCCAGCUGAACUUACUUUUAGUGUCAAGUUCAUCACAGUCUGCUUUGAAAACAAAUGUACAAGCUGCAAUGGCUUGUAUAAGUUGUGUGCUGGAAUUGUCUCCUUCAGACCUGGUGGAUGUCAAAAUAGUAUGCAGAGGUAUGCCAGUAGCAGGUGGUUUCAUCUGGAGUCCAGACAAGGGAAGAGAACUAAAGACAGAGGAGAAAUAAAAGUCAAUAUUCAGUUUAUGAGGAAUAACAUGACAGCGAGUAUGUUUGAUUUGUCAAUGAAGGACAAAACCAAAUCCCCUUUUGCUAAACUGAAAGACAAAAUGAAAGGUCGAAAAAAUGAUGGGACAUUUUCAGACACAUCCUCUGCGAUCAUCCCAAGUACUCACAUACCUCAUGCAAGCGUAGGGGUGUGUAGUGGUGAAGUACACAUGAAAUCAAAACCAAAAAAACCUUUCCUGUUGGGACCUCAGCGGUUAUCCUCAGCUCAUUCAAUGUCAGAUUUAACAGGAUCUCAUGUCUCAGAAAAAAUGAAAUCCAGCACAGUUGGCUACUCUCAUCUUUUUAGGCGUCAGCUGGAGUCUUUUGGUUCGGUUGAUGAAGGUGGAAGCCUGAAAUCUCCACAUAGAAGGACAUUAAGUGUUGACACUUCUAAAAUGAAUCAGCUUGGCAGCACAGCUGAUGAAACUGCACUUGAAGCGCAAAAUGACCCAUUCACCAAUGUAAGUGCUUCGUUACCCCAAAAAUUUGCUACACUGCCAAGACAGAAGAACCCGUUUGAAGAAAGCCCAGCAACAUGGGAUCAGAGCAUAAACCUGUUUUCCAAACCUGUCGACAUCAGAAAAGAAAUUAAAAAAGAGAAAAAAGAGAAAGUUAGUCUGUUUGAAAGAGUGACUGGGAAAAAAGAUAGCAGGAGGUCAGAUAAACUGAGCAAUGGGGGAUCAGACAGUACUACGGACUUGAAAUCACCUAGUGCAUUCGGUGAAACUCAUCAGGAGAGUUUUGAUUAUGAUUCAACUAAUCCGUUUCUGACAAACUUCAAGCCUACAAGCAUGUUGCCAUCUUCAAGUUUUAAUGUGAAUCCUUCUGGCAUUGAGGACCUCAGGAAAACAGUGGAUGGAAAUCCUUUUGACGCCACUGCAGGAUACCGUAACCUUACUUACGAAGAGGUUUUGCAGGAGCUGGUGAAACAUAAAGAGCAACUUAAGAAGAAGGACACCCAUAUUCGUGAACUUGAGGAUUACAUUGAUAAUCUUCUUGUACGAGUAAUGGAAGAAACACCUAGUAUUCUCAGAGUGCCAUAUGAACCUUCCCGAAAAGCUGGCAAAUUUUCCAAAAGCUAAGAUAGUGAGACCUGAUGGAACUUUCUGCUGAAUACAUUGCGUGAAGGAAAUCACACUUCACCGUUUUGUCUUCUCUUCAUUCGUUUUCUCCUAAGAAAUUCCAGGAAUCAGGGGAGGACGGGACUAUGGCGUGGGUUUCUUUGGUUUCUUUUUUACUCUAAACACUAGCAGGGCCUGCCAAAAGUAAUAUUCUGUUACAUGACCUAACUAACUUUUUUUUUUAUUAUUAUUAUUUUUGAUGAAAACACCUUUAGGUACAGAAUGCUCACGGUGGAGUUAAUAAUACAACUUAAAUAUGUCCAUGCAGUUUAUAUAGUGGCUUAGUGUUCACCAUGUGGCAGUUUCAACUGGGAAGCCUGUCUGUUAUGAAUGUUUUCUUGAGUGAUUCUUGGUAUUAUGCAAAUAUAUCAAUUCUGAUAUUACAGCAUGCCAUCAAGACUGCUGUUUUCAAGCCAGUGUAGUACGCUUUACUAAACCUAAGUGCAGUUUGUUGCAAUGGAAUGUAGUUUGUUCUACACGUAUUAGAGGAAAACAGUGAUGCACAAUCUUUGCAGAUUAAAUGCUGUAUUCUAUACAAUGUGCUUUUUGUAUAACAAUGUGAAAUAUACCAUGCCAUUCCAGUAAUGGCACAUGCUGGAAUCAGUUAUUUUACACUUAAAUGCUGGAUGUUGUGUGUAAUGAUUGAACGUUGGUAGUGAGCUCAUGACAUAAAGUUGUUUUGAGGAUCUUUUUAUAUGAAGUUAUUGCAUGCCUUUUUAUAUGUUAAAGUACUUUGAACAGUGUUAAUAGAGUUGGAGGGAGAACUGGAGAAAAAGUAUGAAAUAAAGUUAUGAAUACUUUGUUCAGUUAAAGACUGCUACAGUGAAAAUGUAGAAGAAAUGAACAGACUGACUUAAAUAGACAUAAUUCAAAAACCAUGGAACUGACUCAAUUUAAGGUUGAGUUUAACAUGAUAUAUAUCUGUCUUGGGUUUUUUAAUCUUAUGACAAUGAAGUAUAUGCCCUUAGAAAUAGGCUAUGUUGCUUAAACAUGUAUAGAGUACCUGAAAAGGCUUUUCAUUUAAAAACACCCCUCUAUCCCUUGUAAGUACUUCUAAAAGUCAGUUUUCAUUGAGGCAAAUGAAAGAAGAAUGUAGUAAAUGUCUUCCUGAUCAUUUAAUAAUUGUUUGUAGAAUAACAUAUGAAAAAGGUAUCUGUUAUUCAAUAAAUUGGCAAAAUAUAAUGCUGAAUGUAUAAUGGGAGAAUACCACAGGAGAAAAUUCCUCACAAUAUUAACAUAAAUAGGUCUUAAUUUUAAUUUUUCUUCCUAAGAGCCUCAGUUGUCGCUGUGAAAGAGUAAGAUGAUAUUAAAAAUGUACAGAGAAUGCAUUAGAUAUAAGAAAACUGAUUGUCUUCUCCUCCUCCUCCUCUUUUUCUACACUUGAUCUGGUUUUGUUUUGUGUUUUUUUCCUAGCACCAUGUAAUGGCUGUUACUGAGGAGGAAAAGCUUGAAAUGAAAUCCCAGUUUUUUUCUUGUAAAAGACCUAAAUACUUUGUCAUUUUUAAAACUGCACAAAUUAGGAAUGUCUUCAAUAUAUGAUCUGGAAAAGUUAAAAGUUCCACCUGGAUGCUUUUGAUGAUGGUGGUAUUGUAUGACAGUACAAAUUUAUUCUUCUUAGAAAAGAAAGAAUUCUUUAUAGAAUUGUUCUCAGAUUUCAUUUACUUAUUUUUAGCUUUUUUUCUUCUUCUUUCUUUCUUCUUUAUAUUUUCUUCUUUAUUUUACCAGCUACCUCCCAUCCCUGUAGUCCUGUGUCCCUAAAAUUUAUGCAGUCUGAGUGUUCCCAGCUCACCAUUGGGAUCCCUUAGCAUAGAUUAUUGUGCCUGAAUAGAGCCUGAGUUAUUCAAGGCCUACCUAAUUGUAGUGCUCUGUAUUUAGAUGUUUGUAGGACAGAAAUGGGCCCACUUCAUUGGGUAGCCUCUCUUUUGACAGCCUAAGGAUUUAUCAAGUUCGGUACCUCAUAAGCCACCUGAAUGUUCUUUUGACCCACUUAAGAUCUAAAUGACUGUAAAUUUGUUGUAAUAUAUUUGAAGUGCCAAAGGUUAUGUACUAAGUUAUGGUAUGUUUACAGUUGGAAGUUAGGUUUUGCGCUCUAUUUGAUUUCAAUUUCCUAAUUACACCAAGAUGUAUUUCAGUUACUCAGUAUUUCCAUAAAAAUUCUUAAACAUUUUCAAAUGUUUGGCCAAAGCAAGUGGUUUUCUCGUAUUGUUAGUGGGGAAGUGUUGCACAAUUGUUUUGAAUUCCACAGUCAUUUUCAAACUCACUGGUAUGAGACCAUCUGUAGUAUCUACAAUGAUUAAAUCACACACCCCAAUGGGGUUUAACAAGUAAACUAACCAGAGAAUACGCUCCAAUGACUUUUUCACUUGCAAGCCAACUCUAUAAUUAUUAAAAUGAAACUCUACUAUAUUUAGCACCUCAGAAAUGACUCCUUUUAGAAUGUAAAUGUAGAAUAUCAAACUGCAUAAUUGACUGAGAGCAGAUCAUUUGACAUAUUUGCAUACCAACAACGAUAAGCAGAUUAAAGGUAGCGAAAAGAUCAAUUUUUGUGCAUUAGUGAAGAAAUUUAGUGAAGCUUUGAAUGUGCUAUCUAGUCUUUAUCUGAUCUGUAUGUGAAUAAAAGCACCUUUUGUUUCUAGCAGUUUGUCAAGAAAGGGGGAAUGGCAAACACAGUUUAGGCAAAGGUAGAGUUCCUACAAGAGGCAGAAUGGGACAUUUGCAGCUAUGAAAGAUUACAGAGUUCUAGCUGAAGAUACAGGCUGCUUUUGGAGCAAUUCUGGAAAGAUUCUACACACUUCAUUUUCUGCUUAGAAAGAAAAUUUUAUCAUUUUUCUCUAUUUUGAGGUUAUUUUUGGAAACCAGCUUCACCCCACAUGUAUUUUUUUGAACCACACAGCUUUCAGAUGAAAACAUUUCACACAGAGUAAUUGAUAUGUUGAAAAUAAAGUUCUGCUUCUCCCAUAGGAUAAAAUUUUAAGCUUUCUUGCAGAUCAUUUUAAAACCAUAGUAACUUGCCACUUACAGUCAGUCUUUCUUGCCCUUGAAAAUAUAAGGAUGAAAAUUUUGGACAUGUCCAUAUUAUUUGGAUUUUUUAUCUCGAAAAUUAGGGUAAGACUUCAUCCAUGCACACACUAGAUUUGAAAUUAUCCUUUUAAAUGUCUCUGCUCAUAGCCAUGUGUUUUACUUACUUUAAGGAACAAACAUGAAGGCCAUACUGUAAUGUUGUAAGUAACAAAUUGAAACUUUCUGCCAUUCAAGAAGGAUGUUUAAUAUUUACAUGUGUUACCUCUUGCUGCUGUAUAUUAUGUUUAGCUUGGUUUUCCACCUACUAAUGAAUGUAGCAUUCUCCCUAGAUUAUACAUAACUACAUUUAUUGCUGUUGGCUCUGUAUCAAGAUCUAUUUGUAAUUUUCCAGCUGUGAAAAUGUUGCCUUGCAUUUAGAAAGGUUUCAUGAUUCGGGGACCUAAUGAAAAUCAUGUUCAUUAGGUGCUAGGCUGCAUUUCUUUCUGUACAGGAUGCCCUUUCAUAGAUGCAUCUUAAAUGGAACUGCUGUCUUAAUAUGUUUAUUGCUGCACUGGAUGUUGAUUUACACUUCCAGCUUUAAAGAAAAAUUAUUGUCCUAUGUCAAGUAAGCUCAUGCUUUUUUGCUCUUUAUGCAUCCAUUACUGUUGUAGAUAUGAUAGAGGCGUUAACUGUGGGCUUUUAAAACGCUGAUAUUUAAAGCAUGUUGACUAACUUCCUCUCUUUGAAGUCCAUGGUGAAGGAUUAUAGUGCUGCUGUGUUGAUGAUGGUAGAUUUAAGGGUCUGUCAGCACUUUCGGUAUGAUACCCUAUUUUCAGGGAUUUAUAACUUCUAAAUGUAGAUAGAGUCACUGGAAGUAUUUAAUAUGCAAUAGGUAGCACUUUAAUCUGUUAAUGAAGGAUUUUGAGAUUUGUUUCUGUUGAAGAAGUCACAGUCUCCUACAGCAUGGUGGGCAUUUGCUUUAUCUUUCAUAGUUUGUGCAUUGAAGAAGCCACUGUAUAUUACAAAUGAUAGACCCAUUCCUAUUCAUCUUAGAAGCUUCCAGAUGUCUUGUAUUACAGUGUACCAUAAAAAGCUGAAGAUCCAGGUUAUAUAGGAAGCCUGUAAAAGAUACGAACAUUACUUACAACUUAAGGGUUGAUUUCGUCUUGUGCAAUCAAUGGUAGUUUGUCUACAUUUAAUAAUGGUACAGAAUCACAGCUGUAUGCACAUGUGAGAAGUAUAAACUUAGAAUGCAUGAAAAACUUUAUUUUUGUUUCAUUAGUGCAACUUCAACUCCUUUAAUUUGAUUAAAAUGUUAUCUUAAUAUUUUAUUUUCUGUCCAUUAAAUAUUGCAUGUCUAACACUAAUAAAGCACCACAAUGCACUACCGACGUA